AAAAAAAUGAAAUAAAAGAGGUGUAGGGAUUUAUUUGUCACAGACAGAUUAUUUGAGCGACCAAAAAUUUAGGGUUCAAAUCUUCAACCUCUAGGUUGCGUUGAAAUCUUCUAAUCAUAUAUAUUGGGACCAAAAUUUCUCUGGGAAUAUUUCCGGGUGGGUAGCUCUAAGGGAGUGAUGGAUGCUCAAGCGAAGAAGAAGGCGAUGUUUCGCUCUAAACUCAACGCCAAGAAGAAAGUCACCCGCAUCGAUUCUCCUCUCGUCAGGUACAACGAAUUAGACCAGCCUGUGUGUCAAAUUUGCAAUAUGGCAUUGAAAUCUGAAUCACUCUGGGAUGUACACCAAGCUUCUCGUAAGCACCACGAGGCAGUGGAUAAUUUUAAGGCUAGAGCAGCAGGAAUUCAACGGGGUAGCAAACCUGUUGAAACUCAGACCACGAAACUUGAAGCUUUGGCUAAACCAUCCAGACCUCAGACUUCAUCUCUUCUUCCUCCAAAUUUCUUCGAAAAUACAAAUCCUGAAUCUGCACAAGUAGAAUCUGCAAAAGCCAAGAAUGUACAGCAAUCAAAGCAGACUAUAGCUUCAGAAACAAAAAAGACAAAGGGACCUCUUCCAGACGGAUUCUUUGAUUCUUCAAAUACCAAAACCACCAGUGAGCCUAAACAGAGUCAGCCACAGACCACCGGUGGUUCGGAUACGAAACCAGUGGUGAAAGGAGCCCUUCCCACCGGUUUUUUCGAUAAUAAGGAAGCUGACCUGCUUGCCCGUGGAAUCAAGCUCGUCAAACCAGAUAUAAAGGACGAAUAUAAAGAAUUUGAGAAGUUGAUACAAGAAGAUCUGCAGGUAGUCGAUAGUCGCAUGGAAGAAGAAGAGGUUGAGGCUGCGGAAACUAUAGAAGAGGAGGAACAACGAGAGCAAAGAUCUUACAAAGAGAAAGUGGAGAUUCUGAAGAGAAAGAAAAUGGAACUGAAAGCGGCUAGAUUAGCUAAGCGCAGUAAAACCUCUGAGGGGUCAGUUAAAAAGCCGAAGAAGACAGAAGAAGAAUCGCCCAGCGAUGAUGAAGAUGGAGAAGAUUCUGCUGUUGAUUGGAGAGCUCAACAUCUUUAAACGAAAAAAAAAAGACAAAAUGUUCCAACUGGUAAAACAUUCAAUCUUCUGUUAGAAUCCUCUGUGAAAACGAGUCAUUUUCUGAUAUAGAAUGCUCAAAGCUUAUUAUCUG